GUUUACAUCCUCUAGAGCCAGAUGAACGCUAGCAGAAGUGGAAGCAGGCAGCUGCGGACAUGUCACAUGCUCUCCUCUGUGAGGAGCACCUCUGAGGAAUGUCUAGAGAAGCAGAAAGUCAACAGCUUUUCAUGGAUUUAACAUAAAAAGCGGUGUUUUCUUUAUUAGCCUUUCUGCUUUCGCCUCGUGCCCCUUAAACGCUCCGCUGGUUAACUUUGCUUAAGGUAAUUUACAUGUAAGUUCUACAUCUGGCCUGGAAAUCCCUAAUUUUUCCGCUGGUGUUUAGUUUCAGUUUGUAUUCCUGCCUGGGAAGCUCAUCCUGACUUUGCGGCUCUUUCAGCUGACAGGACAGAAGAUCAUAAACUGAUGGAUUAAUCCUUCAGUUUAGAGUUUAUUAGAGAAGAAAGCUGCUGAAAAAGAAAAAGGGAACCGAAACAGCGGCUGUUUCUUGAAGCGAAGCUCGUAGCAGCUGAAUCUUCAGGAUGAUUUGAAGCCGCUCGGUUUGGGUGAAGCGCGUGCUCGUUGGUCGCGUGCCAGCAUGUCGGACCCGGAGAGGUCUCUGCCCGCAGUCCGGAGGCUCAGCUAUGCGGUGGGACACUUCCUCAACGACCUGUGCGCCUCUAUGUGGUUCACAUACCUGCUGGUUUUCUACCACUCGGUGCUGGGAUUCCGCAACACGAAUGCAGGUGUCCUACUACUAAUUGGUCAGAUCGCUGACGCCAUCUGUACUCCCCUGGUUGGCUAUGAGUCAGACCAGACCUCUGGUUGUGCUAACUAUGGCAAAAGGAAGACCUGGCAUUUAGUGGGAACGGUGAGCGUGUUGGUGUCUUUUGCCUUCAUCUUCAACCAAUGCCUGGGCUGCGACCAACUCACUCCUCAGUGGGCCAGUUUAAUCUACUUUUCGCCGUUCAUCAUCAUCUUCCAGUUCGGCUGGGCUGCCACGCAGAUCUCUCACCUCUCUCUCAUCCCGGAGCUGGUCCGCUGUGAGCACGCUAAAGUAGAGCUCACUGCUUACAGGUAUGCAUUCACAGUCAUAGCCAACAUCACGGUGUUUGCCCUCGCUUACCUGCUGUUCCACGUUCAGGCCGGAAAGAAUGAAGACUCUCUGGGACCAGCGGACAUUAACAUCUUCAGGAACCUUUCCUUGAUCGUGUUGGGGAUCGGCGCUCUCUUCGCCCUUUUCUUCCACCUGGGAACCACAGAGGGGCGGGGCUCCGGUACGGAAUCUGGAGGAGAAGAGGGGAGGAAGAAGACAGAGGAGGAAGAGGAGGCAGAGGGGGAGCGAAGGCCAUUGCUGAGUUCCUCCAGCGUCUCCUCGGCCCUCCUGCAGUGGAAAUGUUGGCUCCGGCAGCCCUCUUUCUAUCAGGUGGCCUUACUCUACAUGUCCACCAGGCUCAUCGUCAAUCUCUCUCAGACCUACAUCUCCAUGUAUCUCAUCAACACUCUGGGGCUCCCUAAGAACUUUAUUGCCACCAUCCCAUUAGUGAUGUAUGUGAGCGGCUUCCUGUCCUCGUUCAUCAUGAAGCCCGUCAGCAAACGCAUCGGGAAGAGCCUGACUUACUUUGUGGGCCUCCUGCUGAUCAUGGCGUUCUCCUACUGGGUGCUGCUAGACAACAAGAUGGGCGAGCAGAUCUACGGGGCGGCCGUGCUGUUGGGAGCCGGGUCGGCCACCAUCUUGGUCAUAUCGCUCGCCAUGACCGCCGAGCUGAUCGCAGAUCAGACGCAAAGCGGAGCGUUUGUGUACGGAGCCAUGAGCUUCACUGAUAAGUUGGCCAACGGAGUCGCGGUCAUGAUGAUUCAAUCUCUGCAUCCAUGCCAUACGGCGGUGUGCUGUCCGGCCUGCGUCUGGUUUUACCACUACGUCAUGGUCGCAGUGACGGGGGGCGUGGCCGUCGUCGCAGCCUUAGCGCUCUGCUCCCUCCUCAUCUGGCCAAUCAAGAUCAGGACACGUGGCCUGCAGGCUGUCUCUGAUGGUUCCACUACAGUAAACUAAGAAGCCUGAGAAGCCACCACCGUGAUGGGACCAGUAGGAAACUGCAGCUCUGAUCUUGGAGGAACAACAGAGAUUAGCUUAGAAAACUGGAAAAGUAGAAGAUAUGGGAAUCCCCAUGAAUCUUCUUCAAGAAACAAAGCAAUUUAUUCCUUAUUUUUCUGCACCAGGUUUAACCUGGAGCCUAUUUGCACCUUUUUCUUGUUGUUUUCUAAAUGUUUUCAUUCAUACGGGUCCAUUCUUUCUGCUGAUUAUAAGACACAGAAGACUCGGUAGAUAAAAAAAGGAACCCGGAGCUUUUCUUGAUUAAGGCUCCAAACACUAUGGCCAGGUUGAAACGAGGAUUGAAAAGGGGAACACAACAAUUGCACUAAAUGUAAAUCAACCUAAAGGAUGUAAAGGGGUUUCUGUUCAGUUUUUUUUUUUUUUUCUCAUGUGUGGAAUUCUAUUUUAACUCUUUAUUAUACCAAAAAACACAACUAAUAAUGAUAAAAAUUAACUUAAAAACUAUUUGCAGUUUUUUUAUGAAAAGAAAAAGAACUUGAAUGGUUCAAAUGAACUCUAUCAGUGUUUAUUGUAUAUAUUCAUAGUGUAAUGAAGGGAAUCUGGUUCAGCUUUCUAUAUGUGUGACUAAAAUCUGUGGGAAAAGCUGUUGAUCAAACUCUGAGCUAAAGCUCGGCUCUCUGAGCUCAGAACCUGAACCAUAACUGGGUCUGCUGACCAUUUGACCUCUGUAUAAAUGUGAUCAUGAGGAUGCAAUAAGGUGAAAUAAUUAAACAUUGACUGUUGAACCCUUCGGA